AUGCACGCGUGGUCAGGAAUUGAAGGUGGAGACAUCAUGGGGCCUACUAUUGCUGGAACCGAAAGUGCAAAAGCCAAUACUCCUCCACUGAAAAACGGGAAUGAUCUCAGGGAAUCAGGGUACUUGAUAGCAGUCGGUUCCAGGACAGCCAGGUUUCGAAGAAGACAUGUGCACAAACUACGAAACUCAGUGAUAAUGUUACUUUUUGUUUUACUAUUAGUGGCAUUUUUCAUCAUGCUAAUUUUAUAUAUAAGAGCCCGUCACCGUCCUGUGCUGGUGUGCCUCAGCAAGCAGUGUCUCCAGUCGGCCAGCAACCUGGCGGUGUCUAUGGACACCACAGUAGAUCCUUGCGAUGAUUUCUAUAAGUAUGCCUGCGGCAACUGGGCCAGUGAUCACCCCAGACCCGACAUGUAUGCCUCCUACGACUGGUUCCGCGACAAGCAACGCAAGGUGUACGCGCUAGUCAGAGAUAUGCUCGCUAAGAACACUACAGGAGAUCUAAAGCCAGUGAUGCAAGCUAAGGAUUUUUACGCGUCUUGUAUGAACACAGCGAAACUUGAGAAAAUAGGUUUGAAACCAGUUUUCAAAGUACUGGAAUCUCUAAAAUUACCUCCUUAUCCGACUCACAUCAACGCUAGUGGCGAUAUUGAUUUAUCAACGUACAGUUUCGACUGGCUAGAGUCUGUUAUCAAGAUAAAGACUCAGCUAGGAAUGGACGUGUUGAUAGGCUUUGAUAUUUACACAGACCCUAAAAAUUCGUCAGUGUUUAGAUUAGUAAUGGGGUCACCUGAAACUACAAACCCAUUUCCAAGUCUCUACCAUGAAAGGCGAAAGCACAGCUAUCGCAAAUCUAAUACAUUCUUCGAUUUAUUCCGUACUUACAAAAAGCCAAAAGUAAAACCUUUGAUUCUUAGUCAAAACGAUUAUAAUAACCGUAAAAGACAAACGGGGAGUAAUGUAGAGAAUGAAGCCGAUAAAAUAUAUAGAUUGUUCUACGCUGAACUUAUUAAAAUAUUCGCGCAGGAGUCUGGAAAGCUGCCUGAUGUUUCGGCCCUAAGUGAAUCUGAAUUUGAUAGCAAUAUUAUCUUAUCUGCAAAUGAUUUUUACGAAUUGAGUGAGGAAGUGUAUGAGCUAGAAGUCGAUAAUUCUACGGAACCAGAAGAAAAUCUUGCUUUCAGUAAUAUUCCUGAAUACACCAUUAAUGAAAUUCAGCUACGUACAGACAACUAUACUGAAAUAAACAAUGAAACCCCUCAACCAAUAUGGAAGAGAUAUUUAGAAGGCAUAUUCAACGGCACCAAAAUAAAUUUAGACUUUGAACAAGAUAAAGUGCUUGUAUCGUCGUUAGACAUGAAGUAUAUGGAGAAGAUUGCAUUAUUAGUAUCAAAGACUCACCCAGCUGUGCUUGAGCUAUACAUUUGGAUAAAGGUGGUAGAAGUUUUAGCAGUGCACACCACCAAGGAACUCCGAUUGUUGUACUAUCGGUCCUACGACUCCCGGCAUAAGCACCACAGCGACCUCUACUUCCCGCCAAGAAGCCUGCAGUGCGCCACUGCUGUCAACGAUAUGUUUGGGAUGGCCGUCUCCUACGCCCUUGUUGAACCCAACUUCUACAAUAUAACGACACCUAAGGUAUUUAUUAUGAUCCGUGAAUUAAAAAAUGCUUUAGCUUCACUAAUAGGCAAAGUUAAAUGGAUGGACGACAACACCAAACUAGCUACAUAUAAAAAAAUUAUAGAAAUGAACGCAUUCAUUGGUUACCCUCAAUGGUUUUAUGUACCGGGAAAGUUAGAGGAAUAUUAUGAAGGUAUUGAAAUAAGUCGAGACACUUACAUAGAAAAUAUGGUGAAUAUUAUUCAAGUGCGAACAAAGAAAAAUCUCAACCGUCUUCGCGAUUCUAAUUAUUUUUCAUGGGCGACAGAUCCUACUGAAGUAAAUGCCUACCACACGUUUCAAGAAAAUACUAUAACUGUUCCGAUGGUUAUGCUACAGUAUCCGUUCUUCGAUUUGGGUCUCGAUUCUCUUAAUUAUGGAUCAUUGGGUACCGUGAUCGGACAUGAAAUAACUCAUGGCUUUGACAAUUUUGGGCGUGAGUUCGACAGGAACGGCAACUUGCUCCCGUGGUGGUCCAAUGACACCAUCGCAAACUACGUCAACAUCACCCAGUGCUUCGUAGACCAGUAUUCCUCCUACUAUAUCUCCGUGUUGGACAAACAUGUGGACGGUAACAAGACCCUGGGGGAGAACAUAGCUGACAACGGAGGGCUAAGGGAAGCCUUCGUGGCGUUGAAACACCAUCUGCGGAAAUUUGGACCUGAGCCGAAACUGCCGGGAUUCGAACGCAUGACUUCCGAACAGAUGUUCUUCUUAUCUUACGCCAAUUUAUGGUGCGGUGUGUCAACGGAUAUCUCCCUAGCACAAGAUCUGGACGACGAGCACUCUCCUCAGAUGUUCAGAGCUCGAGGUACACUCCAGAACAGCGAAGACUUCGCCGAGACCUUUAAAUGCCGUCCCGGAUCGCGUAUGAAUCCUCACAAAAAACGGUGUAUUAUCUUUUAA